AAUAUAAAAAUUACAAAGGAUAGAAAGUGAUAAGAAAAGGAUAGUUUCUUCAGCUUUCCCCUCCUGCAAUCUACCAAGCGAAAAAAAAGCACUCAGAUUCUUCAGCCAACGAUGAAGCGAUCAAUCAACGACGUCGUUGGAUCUACAUCGGAUGCUAAGAAGCCCGUCUUCCUCACCAAAGCUCAGCGCGAAGAGUUAGCCCUAAAACGCCGCCAGGAUCAAAUCUCCGAUCAACGCCUCCGCCGCGAACAACUCACUCUCCCCAAUCCCGAUGAUGAAGACGACCGGGAUCGAGAUCGAGAUCGAGAUCGAGAGAGGGAGAGAGACAGAGGCCGUGAUCGAGAUCGAGAUCGCGAUAGAGACAGAGAACGCGACCGUGACCGCCGCGAGCGAGAUCGGGAGCCAGAUCGACGAAUCCGAGAACGCGAGCGCGAGGAGGAAGCCAAGGCACGUGAGGCGGCACGUGUGGAGAAGCUAGUGGAGCGAGAGCGGGAGAAGGAGCUCGACGCGAUCAAGGAGCAGUACCUCGGAGGCAAGAAGCCGAAGAAGAGAGUCAUCCGCCCUUCCGAGAAGUUCCGCUUCUCCUUCGACUGGGAGAACACCGAAGACACCUCCCGAGACAUGAACGCUCUCUACCAGAACCCCCACGAGGCCCAGCUCCUCUUCGGCCGCGGCUUCCGCGCCGGAAUGGACCGCCGCGAGCAGAAGAAGCAAGCCGCCAAGCACGAGAGGGAGACGCGAGACGAGAUUCGCAAGAAGGACGGAGUCAUUGAGAAGCCCGAGGAGGCUGCUGCUCAGAAGGUGAGGGAAGAAGCUGCUGACGCGUAUGAUUCGUUUGACAUGAGGGUUGAUAGGCAUUGGAGUGAUAAGAGGUUGGAGGAGAUGAGUGAGAGAGACUGGCGUAUCUUUAGAGAAGACUUCAACAUCUCUUACAAAGGAUCGAAGAUUCCUAGGCCUAUGAGGAGCUGGGAAGAGAGUAAACUAACUUCCGAGCUUUUGAAAGCUGUGGAGAGAGCUGGUUACAAGAAGCCUUCUCCUAUUCAGAUGGCGGCUAUACCGCUUGGACUUCAGCAGCGUGAUGUGAUAGGUAUUGCAGAGACUGGUUCUGGAAAGACUGCUGCUUUUGUUCUGCCUAUGUUAGCUUACAUAUCUAGGCUGCCACCGAUGAGCGAGGAGAAUGAGACGGAGGGUCCUUACGCUGUGGUUAUGGCGCCUACUAGGGAGCUUGCGCAGCAGAUUGAAGAGGAAACUGUUAAGUUUGCGCAUUAUCUAGGCUUUAGGGUGACUUCUAUUGUGGGUGGUCAGUCUAUUGAGGAGCAGGGGUUGAAGAUAACGCAAGGGUGUGAGAUUGUGAUCGCUACUCCUGGUCGUUUGAUUGAUUGUCUUGAGAGGAGGUAUGCUGUGUUGAACCAGUGUAACUACGUGGUUCUUGAUGAGGCGGAUCGGAUGAUUGACAUGGGGUUUGAGCCUCAGGUUGCGGGAGUGUUGGACGCGAUGCCUUCGAGUAAUUUGAAACCGGAGAACGAAGAGGAGGAGCUUGACGAGAAGAAGAUUUACAGAACGACUUAUAUGUUCAGUGCUACAAUGCCUCCUGGUGUAGAGAGGCUUGCGAGGAAGUACUUGAGGAACCCGGUCGUUGUCACCAUUGGUACUGCAGGAAAAGCCACGGAGUUGAUCUCGCAGCACGUGAUUAUGAUGAAAGAGUCUGAGAAGUUCUUUAGGUUGCAGAAACUGCUUGAUGAGCUCAGCGAUAAGACUGCCAUUGUGUUUGUCAACACAAAGAAGAACUGCGACUCUAUUGCUAAGAAUCUGGACAAGGCAGGGUACCGUGUCACGACCUUGCACGGUGGGAAGUCGCAAGAGCAGAGAGAGAUCAGCUUGGAAGGAUUCAGAGCAAAGAGAUACAACGUUCUGGUCGCAACAGAUGUUGUAGGACGUGGAAUCGAUAUUCCUGAUGUGGCUCAUGUCAUAAACUACGACAUGCCUAAGCACAUAGAGAUGUAUACUCAUCGUAUUGGACGUACGGGACGUGCUGGGAAGAGUGGUGUUGCGACGUCGUUCUUGACGCUUCAUGAUACUGACGUCUUUUAUGAUCUGAAGCAGAUGCUUGUUCAGAGCAACAGUGCGGUGCCACCUGAGCUGGCUAGACAUGAAGCGUCUAGGUUCAAACCAGGUACGGUUCCUGAUAGACCUCCAAGACACAGUGACACUGUCUACAUAAACUGAGUCGUUAGGCUCUGGAUUUGCUCUUGAAAUUUCCUGGGCACAUUUAUCUCCUUUACUCUUAAGUGAACUCAUGUGUUUAGUCGCACGUUAUGUCCUUUUAUGAUGUUGUCGGAAUAGUGAAGGAAGCUGUAGUUGAAAUUUUAGUGACUUUGUUUAUUGAGAAACUUUUUAUCAACAUUUUUGACUGUCUCACA